AUGCAAAAGAGCAACAACUUCACCGAUCAUCCCGCGCUUGCCACGGAACUCUCGGACCCGCUCUUACAUGGUCUCAACAAACCGCUGUAUUCGGCAUCCCAUAGUGUAGCGCUCAUACUUGAACAGACGAAAGCGUUGAUGGUGAACCGCACGCUGGGUCAGCUAAAGCACAGUCCGAGGGUCAUCCCGGGUGAUAAAUCUGUUGAAGUUGAUUUCGAAGCCAUCGCCAGUCUCAAUAUAGCCGACAGAGCAUCCUUUCGUUUUGCACUCUUCGCUGAGGGCUCCGACAAAGAGCUCGCCCGAAGCCCGUGGUCCGAAUUCAUCGAGAUCCAAAAGGAGGCAGAGAUACCACAGAUGUACAUAAGAGACGGUUUCGCGCAGAGGAAGACAGUACGAAAGAUUUGGACAAAGACAUUCGCUGAGAACGACACUGAUGGGCAUCUUGUCACUACGAUAAAGGGUUACGGAGUAAUGACGUUUCCUAAGGCCGAGCACACCGCGCAGGAUUAG